UGUUGAACAGUCGGGGGGGAAGACACAACGGAGACGCGUCCAGAGAUCACACACAUACACAGCUUCACUUGUGACAUGUGUGUCUCAAUCGGCAGCGGAUACAAAAAUAUCCCGACAGAUCCGGCACAUUUACAUGUGGAUUAUUCAUCACUCGGGAUUUACUGUUUUCCUGCGGACAAAAAAAUGUCUCAUUCUUUGAAUACUUGAGGAGUGACGACAACUUUCCUCUUUUCGGACUUCACCACACGAAGAUAAGAAACGUGGAGCUAUCAAAAGAACACGAUCACUGGAUUUUAACAAUGCAAACUGAUCAAUUUCCCGAUCGGGAUUUGCAAAUUUAAGCAGCAGGCAGUUUGGGAGUCUCUGCAGCUACCAAGCAAUGUUAUCUGCGGAGGAGAUGCGUUGUUCGCUGAGGCUCAUGUCCGCGGAUGUUGCGGCUCGGUCGGGCUGCACACGGUGCCUUUGGGUGGCUGUGAUUGGACCGGACACAGACUGGGGCUGACUGAUGUUUGUCCGAGAGGAAAUGUUUUGGGGAGGAGAUCAAUAUGACUUACUGGCGCACGCGAGGAGGGGGGGGAUUGCCAGUCUUCACGAGCAGGAUGAGGAUGGAGGAAAACGUGCAGGAUUUUUGCUCUUGGAUUUAAAUUCAAAAACAGAAAGAUCCAACCAUCAGACAUUUAUGUUAAAUUAAUGUGUUGCCUUUGCAGACUGUUACAAGAUUGUUACAAGUGUUUGUUUGCACUAAAGUUUUUUCUUGACUCUCAUGCACGGGACUUUGAUAUUGCAGUGUACAUUUUUUGAACUCUUGCACCAGGACUUUUACUCUGAAAUAUCACCUGGCGUUAUGGGACAACAUCUUUAAAGAAGAAAACAAUCCUCAUUUCCACAUGCAGUAACAUGUAUUCCCAAAUGCCGGGCAACAUGGCAGUAAACUGGGUUAUAUAUUCAGUUUUUUUACUCCCACUCUUCGCAGUGGGGACAGCCUUCUCGGGGGUGUUCAACGCCACAGACAGAGACAUUUUCACAGACGACCUGCUCCAGGUCAAGCUCACACAAGCCCGAGCGACCGAGCAGUGGAAACUCCAGUCUACUGACUCCCAUCCCAACCUAUAUUUUAACCAAGUGGAUGUGUUGCACUUGAGGCAAAGGUCCUCCACCACCCACAGUCACAUAUUUAAAGUCAUCCGGGCGGCUGCGCUCACCAUGUUGUCUAAUGUCCCCUUUUACAUGCCCCCUGUGAAACAUGCGGAGUUUACAAGCAAGUGGAAUGAGAUUUAUGGGAACAACCUGCCUCCCUUGGCUCUCUACUGCCUGUUGUGCCCAGAGGACUCUGCUGCCCUGCAGUUUCUUAUCAAGUUUAUGGAUAGGAUGGCUGAAUACCCUGACUGGAAGGUAACCAGCGCUCCUAACGACGAGGUCCCCAUGGCUCACUCUCUUACUGGGUUUGCCACUGCUUAUGACUUUAUUUACUCCUACCUGGAUGAACGGCGGAGGGAUGUUUACCUCAAGAAAAUUCGUUCUGAGACAGAAGAGCUGUUUGAGCUCUCAAAGUUUAGAGGGUGGGGGAAACAGUAUCUCCAAAAUCAUCAAACCACUAACAUUUUAGCCAUCCUGACUGGUGCCAUAGUGGUUGGAUCACAUGAUAACCCGGAGUCAAUGAUCUGGAAACAGGUGGCAGUGAACUAUAUGGAGAAAACUAUGUUUCUCUUAAACCAUGUCGUUGACGGGUCCCUGGAUGAGGGAGUCGCCUAUGGGAGCUACACAGCCAAGUCAAUCACACAAUAUGUCUUCUUGGCUCAGCGCCACUUCAGCAUUGACAACCUGCAGAACAACUGGCUGCGGGGACACUUCUGGUUUUAUUACGCCACUCUGCUGCCGGGGUUUCAGAGAACGGUUGGCAUCGCAGACUCCAACUAUAACUGGUUUUAUGGGCCAGAGAGCCAGCUUGUCUUCCUGGACACAUUCGUCAUGAGGAAUGGGACUGGGAACUGGCUGGCGCAACAGAUUAGAAAGCACCGGCCCAAGGAUGGUCCCAUGGGGCAGUCGUCCGCCCAGCGCUGGGCUACACUUCACACAGAGUACAUCUGGUACAACUCCCACCUCAUGCCGCAGCCUCCCCAAGACUUUGGAAAAGCGAGGAUGCAUAUUUUCUCAAACUGGGGUGUGGUUACCUACGGGGCAGGGCUACCAAAUGGCCAGGGGAAUACUUUUGUCUCCUUUAAAUCUGGCAAGCUGGGUGGCCGUGCAGUCUAUGACAUUGUCCACGACAAGCCUUACUCCUGGGUGGAGGGCUGGAACAGCUUUAACCCUGGUCAUGAGCACCCUGAUCAGAACUCAUUCACAUUUGCUCCUAAUGGGCAAGUAUUUGUGUCCGAAGCACUUUAUGGUCCAAAGUACAGCUAUCUUAACAAUGUUUUGGUGUUCAGUCCGUCUCCGUCUAGUCAGUGUAAUAAUCCGUGGGAAGGUCAGUUAGGGGAGUGCGCCAAAUGGCUGCGCUGGACUGAUGAAGGGGUGGGUGACGCCAGAGGGGAGGUGAUAGUUGCCUCUUCACACAGGGACACCAUGUUCGUGAGCGGAGAGGCGGUGUCUGCUUAUUCCCCCGCAAUGAGACUAAAGAGUGUGUACAGAGCCUUAGUUCUGCUUAAUUCCCAGACCCUCCUAGUACUUGACCACGUAGAGAAAUGGAGUGAUUCACCUGUAAAGUCCCUCAGCGCUUUUUUCCACAAUCUUGACAUUGACUUUAAGUACGUUCCUUUCAGAUUCAUGGACAGGUAUAAUGGCGCCAUGAUGGAUGUGUGGGACGCUCAUUAUAAAAUGUUCUGGUUCGACAGCCAGGGUCACAGCCCUGAUACGCGGAUACAAGAGGCAGAGCAGGCGGCUGAGUUUAAAAAGAGGUGGACUCAGUAUGUCAAUGUCACUUUUCCGAUGGCAGGCACAGUCAGCAGAGUCGCGUACGUGUUACACGGGCCUUAUGUCAAAGUGUCCAGCUGUAGGUUUGUGGAUAAUAGCAAAAAUGGAGUGAGACUUUCUUUAACUAUAAAUAACACGGAGAAGAUAGUCUCGAUUGCGACAAACUAUAAAGACAUAGGUGCAAGGUUGGCUUAUUUAGGGUUUGGAGGUCACUGUAAAGUUGAGGAUAGAUAUCAAAUCACUCGAUAUGGCCUUGGGACUCAACUGAUCCCCAAACAAAUCAGCAGUGAUAAUCAGCUCUUUGACUUUGGCUUCACAGUCAAUGUGAUAGCUGGGGUUGUUCUCUGUGUGGCCAUCGGAUUUUUGACCAUGCAGAGAAAGUUUUAUGUCUGCUUCAGCAGGCUGAUGCGUUACGCCCUCCUCUCUGUGCUCAUUCUGUGGAUAGCCGAGCUGCUGUUUGUGUCUAACAGCUGCGAUCAGCUUCUCUGUGGGGUAAAAUGGAAAGGUGCGGGUGCCAAAAGCGAAGUAAACAAACAAAUCAGACUGUACGAGCAGCACCGGCUCCCCCUCCCCACCGUAGUCAUAACAACGCUUCCCGGUUCUGGAUCAGAAAUACUCAAGCACCUUUUCUACAACAGCUCGGACUUUGUUUACAUAAGAGUCCCCACCGAGCACGUGGACAUUCCGGAAACCGAGUUUGAGUUUGACUCUCUGGUCGACGCCUGCGAGUGGUCAAGGUCGGACGCCGUGCAUGGACGGUUUAAGAUUAUACAGGGCUGGCUGCAUUCGCUGGUUCACAACACCAAGCUGCACUUGCAGAAUAUUCAGCUGGUGGAGGGCAGCAGGGUCAAACAGCCCCAGAGAGUCGGCCCCUCGAGGGACAGAAAGAAAAGAUCCAGGAGGAGAGAGCCGGCAGCUGAGCUGAAGGGCAAACUGAGAGCGAGUCUGGACAGAGAUGCAGAGUAUGUGAGGGAAAUGAGACGCCACGUUGCGGAGUACCCCAAUGCCAGGGUGGUCCUCAACAUGCGGAGCGGAAGCUGGGCGCUCAAACUGCCUUUCAUUCAGGAAGUUGUGGGAUCUUCCCUGAGGACAAUCUACUUGGUGAGAGACCCUCGAGCGUGGAUUUAUCUCAUGGUUUAUAACAGCAAACCCAGCCUUUACUCCCUUAAAAACAUCCCACAGCACCUUUCCUUGAUAUUCAAGGAGGAUGCUGUCAGUGACGGGUGCCCUGCUGAGGCACCAGAGUUUAAAAUCAUCCAGAGGCUGCUGUCCCGCUCAGAGACAAACCCCAUUCUCAUACUGGCUCAUCUGUGGCUGGCUCACACCGCAGCAGUUCUGAGAGUCAGCGAGAGCCUCCCUGAGGAGUCCUACCUCCAAGUGAGGUUUGAGGACGUGGUCAACUUCCCACAGGAGACAGCGGAAAGCAUACACACAUUUCUGGGGGUGCCUGUGUCACCCGCAGCCCUCAACCAACUCCUGUUCACCACCUCCACGAACCUGUACAAUCUCAUGUAUGAAGGGGACAUUUCACCAGCCAGUAUUAACAUGUGGAGACAAAAUAUGCCCCGAAAGGACAUCAGACUAAUAGAGGAUGUGUGUGGGAGUGUGAUGAGGAGGCUGGGUUACACCAGGUUUGCCAGUUAACUUGCUGCUGCUGGUCAGCUGAUACUGAGCUGUGUUGUUUACUGUAGCUGCCAUCCAGUUCUGUAAAGUUUCUGUUUCUUGCACUGACCUUAAAUUUUUAAAAUGUGUCACAAGUUGAGGAGGAACUGGGUAGCUUUUUUUUCUUUUUGUUGUGUUUGUUUGGGUGUUGUACAGACUACAGCAACAGAUGUUUGUGAGGGUGGAAUAUUUUACAUUAAAAUAGGUGGAAGGAAGCUUAUGUUGUUCUUUUACUCCGCCAGCAGCCCUUCACGCUCACUUGUCGCACUCUUGUAUUGAGUGAGACCUCAAGACCUCUGCUGUGUUACUUGCAGAGUUGAAUUUGAGCAUAAAUUUUAUGAUAUUGCAGCAUCCUAAGACAGAUCAGUUUCACAGUGAAGAUUUUUUUACUGUUUGUCUUAGUUAGCAGUGGUGCCUCUAAGGGGUGGACAGGGGGGUCAUGGCUCUACUGAAACAAAAAUAAUAAAAAAUGUAAAAAAUAACUGAACGGUGAUAAUAGAGUGCCGCAGGAAUGAGUCCAAAAACUUGGUAAUGAGUUUGAAUUUAGCACUCCCAGUCCCCUAAUCUUUAAGUGAAUGGGUUUUUUGAAUGGGCUUUUGGUCAGGGGCUUUAAAUAAGGUCUGUGGUUAACACAAGUGUAAGAGACUUUUACGUUUUGUUUUGUGACAUAAAAUAACUCAAUAAAUACCCACUUUUAGUGGGUAUUUAUUGAGUUAUUUAGUUUUAUGUCUUAAAAAGGAGGUUGCUGACAGGUAGCUAAAUGAGGCUACACAGUGACAUCACGCUGGCACAGAUUUACAGCCUUCUUGUGGUAAAGACCUUGAAUCAUGUGACGAUGGUUUAGUUUUGAUAGCCUAAAGUUAGAUUUCUACUUCUGGUGAUUGCAUUUAGGCUAAAAAAAAUCAUAAAAAGUGUAAGUAUUAGAAAUAUUUGUUUGACCCGCAGAGCUUAUUUUGUUCAAUAUUCCAAAAUCCAAUCAAAAAAAUCCAGUAGGCUUUUUGACAAGGGAACCAUGUCAAUAUUAACUUCUGUUUUGGCCUUCAGAAAAACGUAAUCCCUGGAGCAUUUUUUACUGUGUUAAAGAGGCUGUGGCGUGCUCAUCUUUUAAAUGUGUUAAGAUGGUGGUAUCUUGUGAAACUGGACAACCAAAGGCAUCCAUUGGUACCAUCCAUAUUGUCAUUGCUUGUUGGAAAGGGGGCUAAAUAAUGUCCAAAGUUAGGCAAAAUUUUUGCAAAGGUGCAACUGGCAUUUCCAUUUUCAAAGGUGUUUCUUCAGCUCUCACACAAAUCUCCCCUAAAUUUGAAGUGCUUGUUCAAACACAGUUUUUUUCUUACAACAAACGUAUUCCUUCAAAUUAAAGCUGUAUAAAGGGUUCCCAAACAUUUUCA